CUCUCUCUCUCUCUCUCUCUGUCUCUCUGUCUCUCUCUCUCUCUCUCUCUCUCUCUCUCUCUCUCUCUCUCUCUCUCUCUCUCUCUCUCUCUCUCUCUCUCUUUCUACCUGUGCGCGUGACGCUGCUAGCAGUGAGGAAGUGAUUCGCUGCAGUGACUCGAGUGAAUCGACUCUUCUCGCAGUGAGUCGAGCUGCAGGUUCUGUGGAGCUUCUGUGGAGGUUCUGCUGGGUGGUUCGGCUCAGUAAACCCGGACGGGUUCCGCUGCUGUGUUCCGGGUCUGGAGCUGAAGCUGAAGCCGAGUUUAGGAGAGUUAAACUCAGCGCGGACACCAUGAGCUCUGCUGCUUAUGGCAGGAAUGGAUGCCAUGAGGAUGUUACCUUCCUUGAUGGUAACCAGAAGAACACGUCGAAGGGGAAGAAUGGGAAGAAGACUGGUCUGGUGGUGGGAGUUGUCCUGGCUUUGCUGGUUCUUGCUGCAGUGGCUGGAGUUCUGAUAUGGCUGUUUGUUGUCAAACCCAAAACAUCACAACAGGAGAAGACCCCAACGCUGGGGGCACAGAAGAUGACCACGCAGCGGGUGUUCAGCGGACAGAUGAAGCUGAUCGAUAUGCCGUACACCCCUGCAUACGAAGACUUUAAAAGCCCUGAGUUCAACGAUACAGCCGAGACCCUGCAGAACAUCCUGAAGCGGACGUUCUCCAAAGAUCCGCUCCUCUCCAAAUACUACAACGCCUCCGUCAUCACCGCCUUCAGUGAUGAGCUGAUCGCCUAUCACUGGACAAGGUUUGUUGUUCCUCCAACCGAGCUGGAGAUGCUCCCGAUGCUGACGGAGGAGCGAGUGCUGGAUGUGCUGCGUCGAGGAAUCAGACAGGAGGGACGCAGCUUACAGUCCUUCACCAUCACCGACAUCACCGCCUCCCUCACAGACCCCCGGAUGGCCAUCAACCCCAGAACCGCUGGCUGUUUCUUCACUCUGGACGCUGAUUCCAAAGUCAGUGUCUUCCAGUCUCCAGGAUAUCCAGCUAGUUACCCUCUCCACAGUCGCUGCCAGUGGCAGAUCCGUGCCCCUAAAGACAGAGCUAUCCUGGUCAAAUUCCCCAAAUUCUACGUGGAGGACGACUGUUCCAAUAACUACGUGUUCAUCUAUAACUCCCUCAGCGCAGACGGAUCUCAGGCCAUCACUCAGAAGUGUGGUCAGCGUCCACCCACUAAUCCUCUGGAGGUGACCUCCUCAAGCAACAUUAUGCUCCUCAACCUCGUCACAGAUGGUGAGAUCCAGAGACCUGGAUUCAAAGCAGAGUACAGCACUAUUCCCACAACUACAGGCCAGACGUGUGGAGGCGUUCUGACGAACCAAAGUGGAAACAUCAGCUCUCCUCGUUACCCAAGCUUCUACCCGCCUUCAGUGGACUGUUCCUGGACCAUAAAAGUUCCUGUCGGCAUGAAGGUCCGGGUGAAGUUCACCAUGUUCCGAAUGAAGGAGCCUCAAGUGAACAUACGCGUCUGCAACAAGGACUAUGUGGAGAUUUUCGGCGUUAAGUACUGUGGCGAGAGGUCUAUGCUGGCGCUCAGCAGCUCCAACAACAGCAUGACCAUUAACUUCCACUCUGAUAAGUCCUUCACCGAUAAAGGCUUCAUGGCCGUGUACAGCGCCUACGACCCCAACAACCCCUGUCCUGGUCAGUUUACCUGUGGUACAGGGAUCUGUAUCUCUAACGAUCUGCACUGCGACGGCUGGAACGACUGUGGAGACAUGAGUGACGAGAGAAAGUGCCAAUGUGAGGACGACCACUUUGCGUGUGCUAAUGGUCUCUGUAAGCCGAAGUACUGGGUCUGUGAUCAGGUGAACGACUGUGGAGACAACAGUGAUGAACAGCAGUGCCGCUGUGAGAAGAAUCAGCUGAGGUGUGGUGAUGGGACGUGUCUGCCGCAGACGGUUAGCUGUGAUGGGAAGAAGGACUGCGCAGACGGGAGUGAUGAGGCUUCCUGUAAAGAGACUCUGGGAAUAUGUACAGCCUUCACGUUCACCUGUAAGAGCGGCGAGUGUGUGAACAAGAUCAACGCUGAGUGUGAUAGCGUUAAUGACUGUCCAGACGCCUCUGAUGAGGAAGGCUGUGAUUGUGGAACGCGUCCUUAUAAACACAAUCGUAUCGUCGGCGGGCAGAACGCUGAUGUUGGUGAAUGGCCCUGGCAGGUCAGUCUUCACUAUUCCACCAACGGACACACGUGCGGCGCCUCCAUCAUCUCCAACAGAUGGCUGCUGUCUGCUGCUCACUGUUUCGCCAGCGGAGAUCCUUCGUACCACGAGGUGUCCAACUGGCUGACGUACAGCGGCAUGCAGGACCAGGAGAGAGACGACAGCAACGUCCAGGUGAGGGAGGUGCAGACCAUCAUCACCCACCAGGACUACAACCAGUUAACCCAGGAUAACGACAUCGCCCUGCUGGAGCUGAAGGAACCGCUGGUCUUCUCCAACACCAUCCACCCCAUCUGCCUGCCGGCCAGCUCCCACGUCUUCCCCGCCGGCAUGCCCUGCUGGGUCACAGGCUGGGGGGCUCUCCGAGAGGGAGGACGAGCGUCGCGUGUCUUGCAGAAAGCAGAGGUGAAGAUCAUUAAUGACACUGUGUGUGAUGAUGUAACGGAGGGUCAGGUGACCUCCCGCAUGCUGUGCAGUGGAUUCCUCGCCGGGGGAGUGGAUGCGUGUCAGGGCGACUCAGGUGGUCCGCUGGUCUGCCUCUCUGAAGCUAAUAUCUGGUUCCAGUGUGGAAUAGUGAGUUGGGGGGAAGGCUGCGCUCGGCGGAAUAAGCCUGGAGUUUACACUCGCUUAACCAAGUUCAGAUACUGGAUCCGGCAGCACUCUGGAGUAUAGCAGCGUGCAGCAGCUUCAGGACCCUCGGGAGGACCCCCGGGACCUUCUCUCUACUGCCACAGCGAGACAGCAAGCCAACCAGCCAGCCAACCAACCAACCAACCAACCACCCAUCCCCUUCAUCUCCUCUCUGUGUCCAGGCACUACGCUGGGUCUGUGCGACACCACGCUGCCAGAAAUCUCAGGCUGAACAUUUAUUUUUAAUACCUUUAUUAAUAUUCCAGUGGUUUAAAUAGAUUUUUUUUGUGUGGUAAAGUGUUUUUGUUUGUUUAUUUUUUUUUAUUCUUUCAAGCACAUUUUAUUAGUGUCUUCUAAAACGUCAGAUGUUGUUUUGUUACUGAAUAUUUCUGAAUAUUAUCUUUCAGAUUGGUGGCUAUAGCUGCUUUCUUCCCAUUUUCAUGGAUAAACAGCUCUAUUUCUAUUUUAGCAGGAAUAAUAAAUACAGCCCAGUCUAUUAAAUUAAUAAAUUAAUUUUAAUGUAAUAAUAUUCUACAGAAUUAAAUAAAUAAAGAAGGUACGAUGCCACUUGUUCUGUUACAAUAUCUACUAAAAAAAAAAAAAAAGGUUUGUUUGAGUGAUGCCAUAUACUAGUGCAUCUCAACAAAUUAGAAUAUCAAUAAAAAGUUACUUGAUUUCAGUAAUUCAGUUCAAAAUGUGAAACUCAUAUUAUAUAGAUGUGUUACACAUAGAGGGAUCUAUUGUAAGUGUUGUUGUUGUUUUUUUUUUAUUGUUGAUGAUUAUGAAGCUUACAGGCAAUGAAAACCCAAAUAUCAGGUACUGUUGGCAGUGUGGGCAGUGUGCUAAGUCCUGCUGGAAAAUGAAAUCCGCAUCUUCAUUGGCUCCCUUCAAGUGGCUCUCCGAAACCAUCACUAACCAUCCUGGAAAAUCUUACAGCACUUCAUGCUUUUAUGGAGAUGCGGAUUUCAUUUUCCAGCAGGACUUGGCACACGGCCCACGCUGCAGUGUACAAAAGUACCAAUUGAUCUCAAUAUAUAAUAUUCUAAUUUUCUGAGAGACUGAUUUUAGGGUUUUCAUUGGCUGUAAGCUUCAUAAUCAACAAUCAACAAUAAAAAAAAAUAAAAAUAAACGUUUAAAAUAGAUCACUCUGUGUGUUUAAUAAAUCUAUAUAAUAUAUGAGUUUCACAUAUUUUUGAAUCCUCUAACUGAGCACUUCAUUAAAAGACCUGUAGAGCUACUAAUUAAUGCAUUUGUCCAGUUUUUUUUUUUUUUUUUUUUUUUUGUAUCAGUGUGAACAGACUCCAACUGGUUUGAUGAAGCUGCCACUUCAGUUCAGUGUUUUUCAGGCCGGGUUCUUCCCGUACUCUGGAUCUGAAUCCAAUUCAAGUCCGUUGGGAUGUGUUAUAACGGGAGAUUCAGAGCAUGAAUGUGCUCCUGAACCGUCUGCAGGAAUUGCAUGAUGCAAUCACGUCAACAUGAUCCAGAAUCCCAAAGGAACGCUGCAACCAUUUAAGAACUGAAGCUGUUUAGAGAGUCAGAGUUAGUGUGUGUGUGUAUAGGGUUUUUAAUAUAGUGCUCAGUGAGGGUAUAGAAUAUUCUUAAAUGGUGGAGCAGUGAUAUUCUAGUGCUUAUAAGGAGCUAUAAGGAGAACAACAUACAUAAUUAUUUAGCAAACAAAAAUGUGUUAAACAAACCAGAAUAUGUUUUAUAUUUCACAUUAUUCAAAGUAGCAUCUCUUGCUUAGACGACAGCUUUGAACAUCAGACUCCUAGAAUGGCUUGAAUUUCUUGUCUCUUAAUGUUUAAGUUUGAGAGCAUCAGUUAAAGUAAAGUAGUGAAGAGGUAGAGUUACAGGUAUACAGUGAAUAAUAGUGAAUAUUUGAGUAAUGUUCGAAUCCAGAUUAUGAGAAGCAAGAACUACUCAACUAAGUGAAGAAAAGAAAAGGUUAGUCAAUCCAAAAAAGUUAUGAUGGAACUGGCACUAAUCAGGAGCGCACCCGAGAAAGGAAGAGCAAGGGUUUCCUCUGUUACCAGCCUCAGAAACUGCUUUGUUAAGUUAUCAGCUCCCCAGAUAAGAGCCUGCCUAUGAUGAUGAUAUGACUUCAGUAUUCAUUUACAGUUUAGGUAAAAAAAAAAAUUAAAAAAAAAGAUAUCAGAUUAGUGCCAUAUCUAUAAAUAAAUAAAUAUUUUUAGCUUUUUGUGAUAGUUUCCUGUUAAAAGUAAUAGUUGUAAAAUUUGUAAAUGUAUUUAAACAAUAUGAGAAUAAAGGAAUUACUAGAAUAGACAAAAUUAAGAGAAACAGUAUACAGAAGUAUAAAAACUAAAAAAAAUGCAUUAAGUAAAACUAAGAGAUAGAUUUUAAGAUUUGACAUUAAAAAUGUGUAAUGCUCAUUUCUAUUAAGCUGAUUUGUUUCAUUUAAGUACUUGAAUAUUUAUUAAUUAUAAAUUAUAUAUUUUUACCCUACUUAGUAAUUAGACAAUGUGUAAAAAUCACCAGUUUCUGUUUUUAAAGCCUUAAAAAAAGCUUCUAAAAAGAAAAGUUGUGGUGGAAACAAGAUGUGCUGUUUUUUUUUUCUCCUUCAUGUUAGCUUUGGGUGAUUUCUUCAGAUUUUUUAGGGAUAUAAAGGAUUCAUGAACACGCCACAGGCACAAAUCCAAAGUGCUCAGGCCUAAUCUCAGACAUAAUGGAUGAAAUAUUUAAUGCAAUAUAUAAAAUAAAUAAUUAAGCAAGUGAUUUUUUUUUUUUUUUUUUUUUUUUUUUUUUUGCUUGUUUGGGAUUUUUUACAGUUAGAAAAAAUGUUUUGCGAAAAAAAACGAAUGCAAGAUUUGUAUUAGUGUUGGUUUAUAUCAUGAAAUAUCAACUGAAAUAUCAUUUUCUUUUACGUGUGUGUGUGUGUGUGUGUGUGUGUGCGUGCUCCAUUCCUCUACUGUACCUUUCCUUCAGACGCUGGCUGUAGGUGAUUUAUUAUCCAUGAGAAUGGGAAGUGUAUAUGGUGUACGAUGUUCUGUCUGAACAGAAUUUGUAAGCGCAGCACAAAUCUAGACCUCUCAGGCCUCACUGUUCAUGUUACAUUUUUGAUAUAGAAAUAAAUAAAUUAAUGAACAUCAAA